CGUUUUCUUAUCAACAAAAACGUGUGUAGUGAAUUAUUUGUAUAAAUUGCUCAGUUUUUAUGUGCCCUUUCCGAUUAAUGCGGUCUUCAAACCCUUUAAAUUUCUUCCAGAGCCAUGGCUUUUUAUGAUCGAGGCAAAGAGUCUCGAAAGAAAUCAAAUUUUUAUGGUUCCAAGGACAAGGAUGAUAAGUUUUUCAAUUCAAGGCGUUUGCCUAUUAUUCUGACGAAACCUGAUUCUGAGCGAGACAAGGAUAAGGACAAAGGAAGCAAAUCUAGGUCCAGUACGCAAGAUUCUAGUGAAAAAUCAGUGCCCUCUCAACCAACCAUUUUAUUGAAAACUAGAGAAGGCGAUGGGCGGGCCCUUUCACCUAGUCAAAAAACAGCUAGGCAAAAAAAGGAUGUCGAGCCUACAUACCAGCUGGCAACAAAAACCAGCAACACUGAUACGACAAGUUCUCUUCUACCCUUACCUGAAAUGAAGCAAAGUAUCAAACUCAUAGAUGAAAAUUGUCAGUUUUGCGGCGAUGGACUUCUUGAGUAUUUGUCAGAACAAACUGAUUUCCUCGUCAUCGGGUGUAUUGGGCCUCAAAGUGCUGGUAAAUCAACUAUAAUGUCCCACUUGACCUCUACAACUCCUACUAAUUGGAAUAUUUUCAAGCCGCAGACAAUAGAGCAGGAAGAGGUUGGUUUACAUGGUACUAAUGGUGUGGAUGUCUUUGUGACAUCUAAUCGGGUCAUUUUACUGGACACUCAACCAAUAUUGUCACCAUCUGUUCUGGAUAAAUUGAUUCAACAGGACAAUAAGAAAUCCUUAGGCAACCCAGGGCCCCCAAACCACAAUGCUUUUUCAAGCAUGAAUGACCGAUCGGCAACUCCAACAACUGAAUUUGGGACCGUGGAAAAUGCAGUGGAAAUAAAUUCUCUUCAAAUCACAGGAUUCUUGUUGUCAGUAUGUCACACUGUAAUUUGUGUUCAAGACUGGUUCUUUGAUCCCAAUGUCUUUAGAUUUCUUCAGUCAGCCGAAAUGUUGAAACCUGCAACUACGACACUUCAGGACGAUGUGAUGGUUGAAUAUUUUCCCCAAGUCGUUUUUCUCCAGAAUAAAGCUCGUGUCUCAGAUUUCAAUCAGGAGAAUAUUUCGACAAUGCAGGACGUCAUCAAUCAAACUUUCUUAAGGUCAAGGCUUCAAAUUCAAUCAGGUGUCGGCAUUGCCACCGGAAAUGUCAUCAAACAUUUGAACCCCAUGACUUGUGGUGACCCUAUCAACUUAUACCUCCUACCAAAUUUUUACAAUGAAGAAAAUCCGAACCAUUUCAAGAAUAACACAGGGUUUGCUGAUCUGAUGUUGCAAUUCAAGAGACAGUUGCUUGGUAUAACAAAGCAUCCCUUAACUCAUACAGCCUUAACAGAAAAAAAUUGGUUUCACUAUGCUUCGAAAGUAUGGGAUGGUAUAAAGAAGAGUCCAUUUUAUUCGGAAUACAGCAGACUUUUGCCGUGAUGGUUUAUCUGGAUAUAUUUCUUUGGAUGAAGUCUUCACUGAAUCGUUGACCUCUGAGCGAUGUCGUUUCAAGCGUCGGAGAGGCUGCUGGCGAUUCUUUUCUGGAAGCUCCGGGCUUUGUAUAUCGAGAUCUUUUCUCGAUGAGAUAACUUUUCCGAGGACGUGACAGUUCCUCCGCUGUAGGAAAAAGUGAUACACAUUCAGGAGUUUUCGGAUAUGGUCCAUGAUGCAAAAAUAGUGUCAAGCCGCUUCAAGGCAGCAGGAAUAUGCCUGUUUCAUUCUUGCGGACGAAUUUUGCUGUCAAGUAUCCGUUUUGGGUAACUGAGCAUUACUUGAGUGUUUUGAUUAAACUGCUAAUAAAUUCUGAGAUCAUCAUAAAUUUAAAAAA